GAUUUAAAAAUAAAUAAAUAAAGUAACUUAUAUAGUCAUAUAUCAAGAUCUUGGUCUAAAAAUUAAAAGAAGCCCUUACUCAUCAAGUUAAGCACCUUUCAUUUUCUUAUCACCUUCCCAUCUCUUCCAUCCUUCCAAUGUACAUUACAACCAAUUCUCCACUAUUUCCCCCUACUUUUACAAUUUCCCUCUUCUUUAUUAACUUUCAUCAAACCCUAACCUCACACACCAAAAACACAACUUAACAUAUAAUUAAAAUCCACUCAUUUCUUGAUCUCUUCCUUCUCUUCCAAGUAAUGUGCCACAGCUCCAACAUUAGCAAUGUCGUCCAAGAAUCAGAAACUAAUAGUUGAAGUAGUCGAUGCUCGCAAUCUCUUACCGAAAGACGGGCACGGAACUUCAAGUCCUUACGUAACAGUCGACUUCUACGGGCAGCGAAAGCGAACACAAACCGCAAUACGUGAUCUUAAUCCGAUAUGGAAUGAACUUCUUGAAUUUAACGUUGGAAAGCCGUCGAAUGUGUUCAACGACAUUCUUGAGCUUGAUGUCUGUCAUGAUAAAACUUAUGGACCAACUAGAAGGCAUGUUCAUCUCGGAAGAAUUCGGUUGAGUUCGGCUCAGUUUGUAAGAAAAGGUGAGGAGGCUUUGAUUUAUUAUCCUUUGGAGAAGAAGUAUUUGCUUAGCUGGAUACAAGGUGAAAUUGGGUUAAAGAUUUAUUAUCAAGAUGAAGUCAUACCGCCACCUCCUCCUCCUCCUUCACCACCACCGGAACCACCAGCAGAGGAAGCAAAGGCCUCUGAUGAAAGUAAAGAGACAUCGCCAGCAGAGGAAAAUCCGGCGAAAGCUGAGCCAUCAGAGGCUGAAAACUCUGAAAAGCCGCCGAUAUCAGAACCCGUAAAAGAACCACCAAAAGAAGAGCCACCAGCUGAAGCAGAGUCUACGCCACCUGCAGAUACUGCACCAGCUCCUAUUCAAGCUGAAAAACAACCGGAAUCGGACCCACAACCAUCACCACCAGAAGCCAACGGAGACUCUCAAGGGGAGCCACCUGUACAAAGUGAUGGUACUGAUGACAUUGUGUUGGAGCCCACAGCAAAUGAGUGGAGCUCAAACACGUCAUCACCGGAAAUAAAGGCAGCGUCAGUAUCUGGAUCAGCGCCAGAAGUGAAGGUAGCUGAAAACAACGCACCACAGCCAAUCAGAAGACACGCAUCAGGCCCAACACCAACAAAUUACAGGUUAGAUCCUAAAGAAAGUAUUUCAAUCGAACGGUCAUCGUUUGAUCUGGUCGAAAAGAUGCACUAUUUAUUCGUUCGAGUAGUGAAAGCUAAAGGUCUACCCACCAAUGGUAAUCCGGUUGUAAAGAUCGUAACCUCAGGCAAUCGGGUUCUCUCUAAACCGGCUAGAAAAACCGCAUUUUUCGAGUGGGAUCAGACUUUCGCAUUUGGCCGCGACGCACCUGAUUCGUCCUCCAUCCUCGAAGUCUCUGUGUGGAUCCCACAAACAGCAUGGGACACCACCGGACAAUCUGACUUGGCAGCAGGUGCCAAAUUCCUAGGCGGGAUUUGCUUUGAUGUCACUGAAAUUCCAUUGCGGGACCCACCGGACAGCCCUCUGGCCCCACAGUGGUACAUGCUGGAAGGAGGUGAAGGCCACCAUGGCAGAGGUGACGUCAUGCUUGGCAAUCUCAUGCUUGCCACGUGGGUCGGAACACAAGCUGACGAGUCAUUCCCUGAUGCUUGGAAAACAGACACAGCAGGUAAUGUUAAUUCAAGAGCCAAAGUUUAUCUUUCUCCUAAACUAUGGUAUUUAAGAGCAACUAUAAUAGAGGCCCAAGACAUAAUCCCUUUGGCCCAAUUAAAAGAGUCUUCGUUUCAAAUAAAAGCCCAAUUAGGAUUCCAAGCUCAAAAAACAAAACCUACAGUGACGAGAAAUGGAAACCCGUCGUGGAAUGAGGAUUUGAUGUUCGUCGCUGCUGAGCCCUUUAGCGACCAUUUGGUUUUUACUUUAGAAAACCGGCUAGCGAAAGGACCAGUCACCCUCGGGAUAGCAAGAAUUCCUCUAACAGCAAUCGAGCGGCGGGUUGAUGACCGGAAAGUGGCGGCGAGAUGGUUCAGUUUUGAAGAUCCAAAGAGUGAAAAGGUAGCUUAUAAAGGCAGAUUACAGCUGAAAUUAUGUUUUGACGGUGGCUAUCAUGUAAUGGACGAGGCGGCUAAUGUGUGCAGCGAUUACCGGCCGACAGCUAGGCAGCUAUGGAAACCACCGGUAGGGACGGUGGAGUUGGGUAUUAUUGGAUGUAAGAAUUUGUUACCGAUGAAAACAAUAGACGGUAAAAAUUGUACCGAUAGUUAUUGCGUCGCUAAAUAUGGCUCGAAAUGGGUACGCACACGGACUGUGUGUGACAGCUUAGAUCCUAAAUGGAAUGAGCAGUACACGUGGAAGAUUUUUGAUCCUUGCACUGUGUUGACUAUUGGAGUGUUUGAUAGCUGGGCAGUGUUUGACUCGUCAUCUGACGGUGAGAAAUCAUCCACGCGUCCUGAUUUUCGAAUUGGCAAAAUAAGAAUACGUAUAUCAACGUUGGAGACUGGUAAGGUGUAUAAAAGUUCAUAUCCGUUGAAUUUGUUGACUACCAGUGGAGUCAAGAAAAUGGGAGAAUUACAGAUUGCAAUCAGAUUUGUACGCACAACUCCAACGUUGGAUUUCUUACACGUGUACUCCCAACCUUUGAUGCCGUUGAUGCAUCAUAUACAGCCAUUAGGCUUGGUCCAGCAAGAAAUAUUGAGAAGUGCAGCUGUCAAGAUCGUAGCGAGCCACCUGUCAAGAUCAGAACCGCCGCUUCAACGUGAGGUUGUGCUGUACGUGCUUGAUGCGAACUCGCACACUUUCAGCAUGCGAAAAGUACGUGCCAAUUGGUUUAGAAUAAUCAACGUGAUUGCUGGAGUAUUAGAUAUCGUACGGUGGAUAGAUGACACACGUGUGUGGAAGAAUCCAACGGCUACAUUGCUUGUGCAUGCAUUGCUAGUGAUGCUUGUGUGGUUCCCUGAUUUAAUUGUCCCCACGUCAGCAUUUUACGUGUUUGUGAUUGGUGCUUGGAAUUACAGAUUUAGAUCAAAGGACCUAGUGCCUCAUUUUGAUCCUAAAAUCUCAUUGGCUGACACCGUUGAUCGUGAGGAGCUUGAUGAAGAGUUCGAUGUGAUACCAAGUAGUAGAUCACCGGAUACAGUACGAGCAAGGUAUGAUAAGCUACGUACAAUUGGGGUACGUGUACAAAAUAUAUUGGGAGAUUUCGCAACGCAGGGUGAAAGAGUGCAAGCAUUAGUGACGUGGCGUGAUCCAAGGGCGACAGGGAUUUUUGUCGGGUUGUGCUUUGUGGUGGCAUUGAUACUGUACUUGGUGCCGUCAAAAAUGGUGGCGAUGGCAUCUGGAUUCUACUAUUUCCGGCAUCCGAUUUUUCGCGAUCGAAUGCCGUCACCGGCGUUGAACUUUUUGAGGAGGCUUCCUUCGCUAUCUGAUCGGAUUAUGUAGCUAGGUUGAUUGGAAAAAGUAAUAUUUAAUUUUAAAUACUUGAUUAGAUAAUUAUCAGAGUGUUUUCUUUAAUUACUCUUAAUCUACUAGCAUAUGCUUGUUUGUUAA